UUAAUUUCAGAAGUUCUAUCAUCAAACGAAAUGCUGUGAAAGUCACGUUUUAUUAUCCCGGUUUUGUUUCUGAGAUCUCGUUCUUUAUUAACUGAUGAGAUUAAUCUGUUGUGUUAAACGCUUCUCUCGAAGAAGAAGAAACUCCAUCAUAUCAACUAUAUAAACGUAAACACGCCCAAAGCUGCUGAAUAAAGCAUAAAAGGGUGAAAAGAUUUAAUGCUCGAAAUCUUUAAGUGACUUUGAUGACACGAUGACGUAAUUCUGUUCUAGUGUAGAGUUAAUACAGAAAUAAACGUUUUAUUCAAAUUCGAUAAAGAGCGGGAAGUGCAAACAAAGGAAACUGAAUCGCUUGUGGGAGGGUCAUCUUCAAACACGAGACUGUGGGCGGGAAACACUUUCAUUGGCUCUCUAUCUGACCCGUCAAACUAUGAGCUGACCAAUAGAAACAUUUUAUAGGUUCGGCCGACGAAGACACGCAAUCAGACAACAGGCUCCGUUACGCUAAACAUUUGCAUGUGGGAGUGAAUAAAUACCACAGCGACGAAACUCUUCAACAUUCAUCAUUUUCUCAUCUGUGAAGAAGCAUCAUGCCUGAACCAGCCAAACCCGCGCCCAAGAAGGGCUCUAAGAAGGCCGUCACCAAGACCGCCGUUAAGGGAGGAAAGAAGCGCAGAAAGUCCAGGAAGGAGAGUUACGCCAUCUACGUGUACAAAGUGCUCAAGCAGGUCCACCCCGACACCGGCAUCUCUUCCAAGGCGAUGGGCAUCAUGAACUCUUUCGUCAACGACAUCUUCGAGCGCAUCGCCGGUGAGUCGUCUCGUCUCGCGCACUACAACAAGCGCUCCACCAUCACGUCGAGAGAGAUCCAGACCGCCGUGCGUCUGCUGCUGCCCGGUGAACUCGCCAAACACGCCGUGUCCGAGGGCACCAAAGCCGUCACCAAGUACACCAGCUCCAAGUAAAGCGCCGCUUUCAUCCGCCGCACACAAAGGCUCUUUUAAGAGCCACACACUUAUUCCUUUAAAAGAGAUUCUUGUUAUUGUAAGCAUUUACUGUGUAUGUGUAUUAUCAUUUAAAUUAUGACGCGUAUAAAAUGUCAACCAACCG